UUGUGAACUGGUUUUGAAGUACUACUUCACUUCAGAAGUAGAGUCCGAGUGUCUGAGUCACAAAACAAAUAAGACUGAAGCCUGAGUAGAGAGAGUAUCAUUUCUUGUGUUGUGAUUUUGAUUUGUAAUUUUUGACAUAUUUUGCAACUUUUUAAGUAAACUGUUGCUUUGCGUGGAUAUGUUAUCUUUAUUCGGACCAGUAGAAAUAGAAUUUCAAAUAUAUAUAAACUACAAUGCGACACUAAAAUCGCAUUAACUUAUCAGGUUUUUCUGUAGUUUGUAAAUGUUGAAGCUUUGUACUACCAGUUAGCUGCAAAGAGUAUAUGCAGAAAGCAUAUAUUUGCAAUAAGUAUAGCUAUCAAAAUUCCUGUAGCACCUAGUUCCUACUUUUAACGCCUUCCCUGUGCACAAUGAAUAAUAAGAUUAUUCUGUUGAUUAGUGGCAAACGGAAGUCUGGAAAAGAUUAUAUUUGUGAGAAAUUAAAAUCAUUGUAAGCUUUUGAAAUUAACAUACCUAUUAACAUUUAUUGAUAAUGAUGAUUUUCAGGAUAGGUCCCGACAAAUGUGAUAUAAUUCGAAUAUCAGGCCCUUUAAAGGCGAUAUAUGCUGCAGACCAUGGACUUCAACUAGAAGAAUUGAUGAGUGAUAGCCCUUACAAAGAAACUUACAGACUGGAUAUGAUAAAGUGGAGUGAUGAAAUAAGAGCUAAAAAUCCAGGAUACUUUUGUAAAGCAGCUUGCGAUAAUGCAUUCAAAAAGAUAGUCUGGAUAGUCAGCGAUGUUCGAAGAAAAUCUGAUAUCAAGUGGUUCAAAGAAACAUAUGGAAGUAUUGUGAGAACAAUAAGAAUAUCCGCAACUGAUGAUGUACGAAGGCAGAGAGGCUUAGUGUUCAAAACUGGUGUUGAUGAUGAGGAAUCAGAAUGUGGUUUAGAUGAUUAUAAAGAAUGGGAUCAUCAGGUUUCAAAUAAUAAUGAAGAUGAUUGUCAAAUAGCUAUAAAUACUAUAAUCAGUAUUGUUGAAAAGUUUUAAAGUGUAUUUUUGCAGUUUUUAUUAUAGAGGUCUGUAAUAUCUCUGUUGGAUAUAGAUGAUAUUGGAACUGUUGUGAUAGAGCAAUUUUAUUUUAUAUAUUAAAUAAUAUUUUUGAAAUACA